CGGUUGUUAUCCAAGCUAAACUGGCAACACUGACACGCGCGCAGUUCAAAUAAUGUCAGUUCAAAAAAAUUGUUCAGCGAGGACGGUUGUGCUGUGCUAGUGUGUACCUUAAUUUCCCCAUUCAUCAUCGGCGGCCGGCCGGCGACUCCCGCGCUCUAACAACAACUCGCAUGUGCCGUGGCCUGCGGGCGAAAAGUGCGUCAAAGGCCUGGGAAACUCUGCUGGAGAGAUCGCUGUGCAGAAACCAAGUGUAUGCCCACGUCGGGAGUGUCCGUAAAUAAUAAAUAAUUCGGAAUAGUUGACAAACCUCUGAGCAAAUCCGUGGGCCGAUGGUCUUUUGUUAGUGAGGCGCGGAGCACGACUCGUGGGAUCCAGACGAGCUGGUUGGCCGGCCCUACGUUCAUUGACGGCGGUGCGUUGGUUGUCCAUCGGCUUAUCAGCGGCGGCUACACCCCGCCCUCAGUCUCAUCAAACUACUACGGAUCGACUCUGGGGCUAUCCUACUACGGAUCGACUCUGGGGCUAUCCGCGGUUAGUCAGCCCCACCCCGUAAUCGCGAUUGUACAACCAAUUACCGGGUUUAUCAUCUAAUUCGAGAGGCACUUUGCGCGACACAAACUAUAAAUAGAAGGUGAAGUGUCGAAAUUAAACGCCGGCGAGCAGUACUCGAGGAAACUCAUGUGUUGAAGUUACAAUUACUUGGAACGAAUAUAUAAAACAAGAGAUUUGUCGGGACCAAGCGGAAGUCUAAUAUAUAUUGUAAUUAAAGGCCAGCAAAACACAAAAUGCUAUUUCUCUGCGUUUCGAGCGCUCUUUGAGGGCGACUUUGGUCUUAAAUCCUAGCUGUAGUAGUUACCCCCAAAGCAAUGAUGAUGAUGCAGCCCUCCAGCCUGCGCCUGGCCAUUAGCAGCCUGAUUCUGCUCCUCUUUGUGCUGCACGUCCUCGGCAGGGAGCAGGGAACCGGAGCUGGAGCACAGCACCACCGGCAGCACCACCAGCGCAGUCACGCGGCCAAGCGCUUUUCACGUGACUCCAAUGCCGCCCGUGAGCGCCGACCGAACAUUAUCCUGAUCCUCACCGACGACCAGGACGUGGAGCUAGGCUCGCUGAACUUUAUGCCGCGCACCCUGCGCUUAUUAAGGGACGGCGGCGCCGAGUUCCGGCACGCGUAUACUACCACGCCCAUGUGCUGCCCGGCGCGCUCCUCACUGCUUACUGGGAUGUACGUGCAUAACCACCAGGUGUUCACCAACAAUGACAACUGCUCCAGUCCCCAGUGGCAGGCCACGCACGAGACGCGUUCCUACGCCACGUAUUUGUCGAAUGCCGGCUACCGGACUGGCUACUUCGGCAAGUACCUGAACAAGUACAAUGGCUCCUACAUCCCGCCCGGCUGGCGGGAGUGGGGCGGCCUGAUCAUGAACUCGAAGUACUACAACUAUAGUAUCAACCUCAACGGUCAGAAGAUCAAGCAUGGCUUCGACUACGCCAAGGACUAUUAUCCGGAUCUCAUUGCCAAUGAUUCCAUCGCCUUUCUGCGCUCCUCCAAGCAGCAGAACCAGCGCAAGCCCGUCCUCCUCACAAUGAGCUUUCCGGCUCCCCACGGUCCAGAGGAUUCGGCGCCCCAGUACAGUCAUUUGUUCUUCAAUGUGACCACCCACCACACUCCAUCCUACGAUCAUGCUCCGAAUCCAGACAAGCAGUGGAUCCUGCGGGUCACCGAGCCCAUGCAACCUGUGCACAAGCGCUUCACUAAUCUGCUGAUGACCAAGCGACUGCAGACGCUCCAGAGCGUGGAUGUGGCCGUGGAGCGGGUCUACAACGAACUGAAGGAUCUCGGGGAGCUGGACAACACGUAUAUUGUGUACACCUCGGAUCACGGUUACCACCUGGGACAGUUUGGCCUGAUCAAGGGCAAGAGCUUCCCCUUCGAGUUCGACGUGCGGGUGCCGUUCCUCAUCCGAGGUCCCGGCAUUCAGGCCUCUAAAGUGGUCAAUGAGAUUGUGCUGAAUGUAGACCUGGCUCCCACUUUCCUGGACAUGGGUGGAGUGCCCACGCCGCAGCACAUGGACGGCAGGAGCAUCAUGCCCUUACUGCUGAGCAGGAACCGCGCUGUGCGGGACAACUGGCCCGACAGCUUCCUCAUCGAAAGUUCCGGCCGGAGGGAAACUGCAGAGCAGAUAGCCGAGUCUAGGGCACGGCUACAGGCCGAACGACGCAGCAUGAAGUUGGUCAACAGUUCGCUGCUGGAGGAUUUCCUGGACUCUGGAACAGAGAGCACAACCACGGUCUCAAGCAGAAGCAGCAGCAGCAGCAGCACUGCUGCCACCUUGCUGAGCUCCACCACCCAGCAGUUUGAGGAUGGCGAGGAGGAUGUGGACACAGACAACGAAGAGGACGAUGUAGACGGAGCCAUGGACAGCUCUGCCGCGGCCCUGGAAGAGGAAGAUCUCGAGGACGCGGCCAUUGAGGAGGCCGACGAGGAGCUGGACGAUCAGGAGUUCCCUCAGCCGCAGGACAAUGAUCUUCCCCUAGCUCCCUACAUAACCAAGAUGAUGCGCCUGAAUUCAGAGUGCUCGGAUCCUGCCCUGCUAAAGAACUGCCUGCCUGGACAGAAGUGGAAGUGUGUUAACGAGGAUGGACGUUGGCGCAAGCACAAGUGCAAGUUCCAUCUCCAGUUAGAGCAUCAGCUGGCUGCCAUGCCCCGGAAGCAGUAUCAACGCAACUGUGCCUGUUUCACCUCCGACGGGGUGGUCUACACCAAGAUUCGAGCGCCAUCCGCAGGAUUACAUCGCGUCAACAAGCGCACCCAUCACGGUGGCCACACCAGGCGGCGUAACAAGCGCGAAUUGUUCCACACAGAGCUGCCCUACGAGAUGGAAGAGUUGCUGGACCUCCACCAGGCGGUCGAUAUGCUCACCGAGCACUCGCACCGCACUAAGCGGGAGUUGUCUGCGAAUAGCAACGAGAUGAUCGCCCAGGUCAUCCAGCAGAUACAGUCCACGCUGGAGACCCUGGAGCAUAAGUUCAACGAGCACGAGCUGCACGGUCCCGGACUGCUGACCAACUCCAGCUCUUAUCCCAACAGUCGGGGCGAGAAGUUCCCUAAGACCGAAGGUCAUCGCUGCUUUGUGGACGCCACCUCGGGCAAGGUAAACUGCUCGAACGUAAUAUACGACGACGAGAAGACGUGGCGCACCUCUCGCAUGCAGAUCGACAUGCUGAUCAAGGUGCUGAAGGACAAGAUCGGCAAGCUGAAGGAGAUGAAGAAGCAGCUGCGGGAGAGCAACAAGCAGGCGGGAUCAUCCGGCAGAAGGCAGGAGAACCGCCGGCGAAACGAGGAGAACGUGGUUGAUGGUGGAGCCGGGCCGGAGUUCAAUAUGAGCUACUUCACAGAGAUCAGCAGCAGCACGGCAAAGCCGAAUGUCGGUGUUGGCCAGAAGGAGAUCUACCGGGGCUAUGGCAACGCUGGCCUGCUGGAUUCAUUGGAGCCUCAGACGCCUCGUUUUUCUCCGCGGGCAGAGUGCUAUUGCGAGCCGGAUGUGGGCGAGAGCUAUGCGGAUUCCAAGGAAAUGGCCCGCGAGGCGCGUAGGAAACUGAAGGAGGAGCGGCAGCGCAAGAAGGAGCGCAAGCGCAUCAAGAAGGCUCGCCUGGAGAAAGAGUGCCUGUCGGAGAAGAUGAACUGCUUCUCGCAUGACAACCAGCACUGGCGCACGGCCCCGCUGUGGAACGACAGUCCCUUCUGCUUCUGCAUGAACGCCAACAACAACACCUACUCCUGCCUAAGGACCAUCAAUGCCACCCACAACUAUCUCUACUGCGAGUUCACCACGGGCCUAAUCACCUUUUACAACCUGACGAUAGAUCGCUUUGAGACCACAAAUCGUGCUGCCGGCUUGACGCCCGGGGAGAGAGCCCACAUGCACGAUGCGCUGGAUCAGCUUAAGGGCUGUAGAGGCCGCAGCUGCAGCAUCCGGCGACACCAGGCCCAGUUGGAUAGCGGAACCAGUGCCCCGCAGCUGCCCAGUGCCAUCAAUCAGGUGCAUCGCAACAACAAGCGCAAGCACUCUCCCCUCUCGGGAAGCGUGGGUAACUACGCCUUCGUGGGACCACGACUGGACAUGGAAGGGCUGCCGGCAAUGAAGCGACGCAAGCUGUCCAAGUACAACAGAUUGACUGGCUCGCAGCAGACGCACCUGAAGCGGCGUCCCUGGAAGCAGCAGCCCCACCAGCAGCAGACGCCGAGAUUCUUGCCCACGCACUCAGUGAGUCCCGCAGCAGCGGCCUAAAGAUGAUGCCGCAGGAAGGGAACUCUCCACAUACAUAUCCUAUGCGUACCUUGCUUGCCUGCUCCAGCUCUAGCCCCAGUCCCUGCUACUUGAUUUGUCCCAAUUGGAUUUCUUCAUACAUAAAUAAGACUGUGUUUUAAUCUAUUAUCUACUUACGUUUAGACUCUUGUAACCAAACUGUGUGUGUGUGAAGUUCAAUUAUUUGGCUUGCAAUAUUUAUACAUUAUAGUAACCGCCACACAUUUUAAUUAAUUAGCUCGUAGGUCACCUAAUUUGUACAUAAAUUGAUAAGCUAAACCCAGCAGCAGCCAGUACAGAAUGCUACGGAAACUAAAUAAAUUAUUUAGCGAAAUUGGUUAAAAGUUAAAUUAGUUGAGUAUAAAUCUAGCAAAGAAUUCGAUUAAUUGUAGCCAAUCCAAGUGAAAUUGUAUUUAUUGGCCAUUCUCAUUGCUAAAGGAACAAACGCAAAGCAUGCAUAACAAUUUGUUGUCACUGUGUAUUUAUUAGAGAACUAAACCAUAUUUAUGCCGUACUAGAUACGUUACAGUUGCUAAGAGAUCCCCCAGCCCCGCCCAAGCCUAAAAUACCCCAAGACGUUAGGUAGCAAACCCGCUUGCAAACGAGCAAUAAACAAAAAUAUUGUAUCGGCCACGUUAAUAAUGUCGUACCAUUAACUCUGAAAAUGAAUAUAUAAACUCAAAUGUAUUAAAAGUCAAAACGUAAAAACAGUUGCAAAUAAUAAACUUU